CAAACGGCUUCUUUGGUGCAGCACGUAACUGGCAGGGAUCCUUCCAGAAGUCAUGUCUUUAGGGCUGGAGCUCGUUGGAAUUGUGCUAUGUGUGCUCGGCUGGCUGUUGGCCAUCGUGGCUUGCACUCUCCCCAUGUGGAGGGUCACAGCCUUCAUCGGCUCCAACAUCGUGACAGCUCAGAUCAUCUGGGAUGGUUUGUGGAUGUCCUGUGUGGUCCAGAGCACGGGACAGAUGCAGUGUAAAGUCUACGACUCCAUGCUGGCCCUUUCCCAGGACCUCCAGGCGGCCAGAGCCCUGACUGUGAUCUCCAUCCUUCUCACCAUCCUGGCUGUGUUGGUGUCCAUCGGAGGUGCGAAGUGCACCAACUGCAUCGAGGACGAGUCGUCCAAAGCUAAAGUCAUGAUUCUGGGAGGGGUCCUCUUUAUCGUGGCUGGGGUGAUGCAGCUGAUUCCCGUGUCCUGGUCUGCCAACAGUAUCGUCAGGGAUUUCUACAACCCUCUGCUCCCUGAUGCUCAGAGACGGGAGCUCGGGGCAGCGCUCUACAUCGGCUGGGCAGCCGCAUCGCUCUUGAUCAUGGGGGGCUCGUUGCUCUGUUGUUCCUGCCCUCCACAGGAGGAGAAGAAAUACAACCAGUCUAGAAUGCCGUACCCUGCGCCUCUCUCCACAGCUGGUGGUGGGUAUGACAGAAGAGACUAUGUAUGAAACCAUCAAAGUGGACUUCUGAAUUUACUGGUAAAACGGUUGACAUGAGGGCAUCGUUUUUCUGGGUAAAAGCGAAAAUAUGCCGCUCAGACUCCAUGAUGAGGAGACACCAAGUUUGAUGACGUUUUUAUGUACGUUUGUGUUGUUGAUCUAUGCUCUUGGCGUUUUAGAGACAUUAAUAUGGACGUUAUGGUGAUAGUCUGAAAUUACCUUAUGUCACUUGCUUAGUGUGUUGUAUGCAAAUGACAUAAGAUUGUCUUAAAUGAAUUUUCAACAAAGCAUAGUUUUUUUUUUAGGUUAAGUGUACUGUAUAGAGCUGGCCUUACAUUUGAGAAGUUGACACAAACAGACUUUUGCCACUUUAAAAGUGUUUGUACAUGCAGCUUUUAUGACUUAAUAAUUAUUCGUCACAAUGCAGAUUACAGGACAGUUUAAAUAUACUGGUGAAAAUGUGGCUGACCUACAACUACAUACAGUACCUUUAUAUUUACAGCCUACAUCUUCAGUUUAACCAAAAAAGUUGAUUUAAAACCAAAAAAGUACGUUAUGUCAAAUUAAUGUUUACUGUUCAUUGUCCUAUAUCUGUUUUAAUGGUUAGGACUAGUUGCACUAGCCUGAUUUAGUUUUAGCUUUUGUCUUCAACAUUGUACAAUUUCUGUAUUGUUCAUUUAUAAUCUAACAUAGGCUAUUGAUUUGUAAAUGUCUCAUACUGUUAUUUGUGUUUCAUACUUAUUUAUACAGUACUGUAUUUUUAUUGAAUCCAGGACUCCUGCUCAAGUUUUGAAAUGCAGUCGCAUGAGCAAUGUUGUUAAAUCAAUCUUCCACGGUCAUUAUUGUUGCAUUAUUGUUACACUUAAAUUUGUAUUCUUAAAUUAAAACGAUUCGAUAAAAACCUCUUAACUUUUUCCUAGGCUAAUGUAAGUUAGUACAAGGAGAAACACAAGGCCAAUUGCGACAGAGAAUUGUGGGAGGAGAGUUAGAACAGGUGGGAGUUUGAGCAACUCCUGUAUGAUGAGUAUUGAGGAUCUGUCAUUUUGUUCUGAAACUUUUGUAAAUGCGUUGAUCAGGAACAUACAGCUGUUACGCUUUAUCCAUUCUAUUUUUUUUUUUUUAAGAAUUUUUUUAAUAAAUCGUACCAUGGUGAGUUGAGGAUUUUGUGUAUACUAUUUAUCUAUAAAGUGUUGAUGUUAGGA